UUUUCCUCGAAGCGGCAUGCACGUUGCGGCACUCCUUGCAGCAACCUUUUCGCUCUUUGAAGCAGUUGAUGGAUGCACAGUCAUUGGAGUCACGCACAAGGCGUCUGCGGAUGGGUCAUCGCUAUUGGCACACACAGAUGAUGCCGGUGGUGGAGCUGCAGAUAUUCGCUUAAUUCGUGUCCCAGCUGCCGAUCACGCGCCAGGAUCGAAGCGUGCCGUGUACAAUCUUUUUGGUGGAUAUCCCCGCCUCACGACGCAAGAUCGCGGUCCGUUGUAUCGUCCUGUGGAAAACCAGACCCUGUCGACGCCACUGGGGUACAUUCCCCAGGUCCCACACACGUAUGCGUACUUUGACCAAGACUACGGAAUGAUGAACGAAGUGCAGUUGAGCAUUGCCGAAAGCACAUGCACUGCCAAAACGGUCGGGUGGGCCAAGGACGUCCCGUUCGGGUUCAAUCUGUUUGGGAUUGCAGAAUUGACCAAGGUGGCGCUCGAACGAUGCGACUCCGCGCGAUGUGCCGUGCAAACGAUGGGCGAUUUGGCUGUCGAGUACGGGUUCUUCAGCGAAGACAGCGGGGAUCCUGCGAGUCCCGGCUACAUGGACUCGGCGGAAGCGUUGGCGAUCUCCGACAAGUAUGGCGAAAUGUGGGUGUUUCAUGUACUGACGGGGCCAAAGAACUCGAGUGCAGUGUGGGCGGCGCAGCGCGUCCCCGACGGACACGUGACGGCGAUUGCAAAUGCGUUUGUCAUCCGCGAAAUGAACUUGUCGGACACGGCCAACUUCCUCGCGUCGUCGAACGUGGUGUCGUUUGCUCAGGAGAUGGGAUGGCAUUCCCCAGACGAAGUGUUUGACUUCACCAAGGCGUACGCAUGGGACGAUCUCUCGAUGUUUGCCGGCCGGAUCCUGCCCCUGUACGCGGGCCGCCGCCUCUGGCGCAUCUUCGACACGUUUGCGCCGUCGUUGCAGCUUGAUCCCCGCAUCGGCUUCCAGGUCAACUUUACGACAUACCCAUUUAGUAUCCCGGUCGACUCGCCCGUGGCAUUGCCGCACCUGAUGCGCUUGCUGGGCGACCAUUAUGAAGGCACGCCCUUCGAUAUGACGCGCGGCUUGGGUGCUGGUGCGUUCCAUGCCCCGAUUCGGUAUGACGGCCCAGCGAAGAACGUGUCGGGGGGGUGGGAGCGCCCGAUAGCAAUGUAUCGCACGAUGUUUUCGUUUGUGCUGCAAAUCCAAACGCCGUCGGAGCAGUGGCCCGACCACCUCGGCGGCACGGCGUGGUACGCGCAGGACAGUCCCCAUGGUUCGGUGUUUGUUCCGUUUUCGUGUGCGCAGUCGUCGGUGCCGGCAUCGUACGUGACGGGAAACCAGUCGGUGUUUAACACGGGCUCUGCCUGGUGGGCAUUCAACUUUGUGAACCAGUGGAGCAUGCUCCGGUGGAAUGUCGUGAAUGGCCAAGACGUCCGCAGCCACAUGAACGAGACGCAGACGCGCGCGAUCGCCGCCCACGCGUCAUGGCUCCGAGCCAAACUGAAUGCAACGGCCGUCGAAGCUGCUGCGAACGCAUUGGCAUCGGACGUGGUGGCGUCGUGGUGGACCCUCGCGUGGUCGCUUGUGGGCAAGUACUCUGGCGGGUACAUCACCACGGGCGAAGCGCCAUCCCAGAUGAAAGUGCCUGGGUACAGCAAGGAGUGGCUUGAAAUGUCCGAGUUCAAUGGGUGGCCCGGCAAAACGUAUACGGACCCGAUGGCGCCGUACCGAUAUCCGCAGCAAAACGACAAGGGGACCAAGUCGAAUGCGGUUGAAAUCCUCGGGUUCAUGGUCCUCGGCGCGCUCUUGGCCAUUGGCACGCAUUAUUUGGUGCAGACGCACCGCCGCGACGGAUACCGCUCGUAUGCGUAGUUGGUGACGCGACCUUUGAUCCACACCGGUAAUCUACGUCGAAUUGUUUCUUUGGACAUGGUCGAUGGCUUUGGCACUCGACGCGCCGUCGUGGCAUCCGAACGAGACAUGGCACGCAUGGAGCGCUGUGCCGCGGCGGCGCCUUCGCUCCGUCGAAGAAGCCAGUCGCAUAUAUACAUAUAUAAGGAAAUUCC